UAAAGCGUGAUGGGAUGACAUCUAUGUGGAUUGGACACCUAUUAUUUGUGGUUAUAGCAGAUCCUGUGGUAGGAGAAACUGUACUGAAAACAUAUUUGGAGAAGAGUGUAAUAAUGAGAUUCGUGCGUGAAAUAAUCGGAAAUGGGAGUAUAUUUGCCCCAGUUCCAAUCUGGCGUCCUCGUCGCAAGAUCCUCGCUCCGACCUUUAGCCCGAAGAAUCUGACCCAGUUCGUCGACAUCUUCGCCAAGCAGAGUUCCAUCAUGACGGACUUUUUGAAACCCAGGGUCGGCAACGGACCAUUUUCUAUCUGGCAUUACUUUACCACAUAUAGUAUGGAUUCCGUGUGUGAAUCAACUCUGGGCGUUAAAGUGGAUGCUCAGAACAAUCACAACCACCAAUUUCUGAAGUCCUUCGAUGAAGGUGCUCAACUGAUGGCCAAACGCGUCAUCAGACCCUGGCUCCACUCCAGCGUCAUCUAUCAGCUGUUGCCAUCAUACCACUCGCUGCAGAAAUGCAAACGAUACAUUGAAGGAUUUAUUGAUGAUGUAUGUUUUGAUAUUUUGAUUCAAAAAUAUAAAAGGGAGAACUUCAAAACAUUUCUGGAAUUGCUGAUGGAAUCAUCAGGGGGCGAGAGGGGGUACUCAAACGAUGAGCUCCGAGAAGAGACGACUGUUCUGGUGAUGGCCGGCACGGACACGUCUGCUGUUGGUGCCGCGUUUACCACCCUUAUGAUGUCCAGACACCCUGAUAUUCAGGAGAAGGUUUAUGAAGAGUUAAAAGAAGUGUUUGGUGAUUCAACGAGAGAAGUGACUCCAGAGGAUUUGUCUCGCCUCAAAUACCUGGACGCUGUCAUCAGAGAAUCUCUCAGGCUAUAUCCUCCGGUGCCCAUGAUUGUGAGGCAUUGUGAACAUGAUAUGAUGCUACCAUCAGGAGUGGAGCUCGUGAAAGGCUGCGUGUUAUUGGUGAGCAUCUGGGCGCUGCACCGCAAUCCUGCGUACUGGGGCGCUGAUGCGGAGCAGUUCCGGCCGGAGAGGUUCCUCACGCCGCUCAUGCAUCCCGCGCAGUUCAUGCCCUUCAGCUACGGACCCCGGAACUGUUUGGGCUACCAGUACGCGAUGAUGUCGAUGAAGACAGCGAUGGCAACACUGCUCCGCCGCUACCGAGUGUUACCAGACUCAGACCACCACAAACCUUUGAGGGUCAAGUUUAACAUCAUGAUGAAAGACGUAGAUAACUUCACUGUGCGAUUGGAGAAUAGAAAUGUUAUGUGA